AUGAUAGCAAACGCGACCACCCUGUAUGCCGCGAAGACGACCAUGAGCACGCACUUUAAUGGGACAAUGGGCCUGAACUCCUCAUUCCUAGUGCCGACCUACAUGAGCCAGGAGGAGUUCCUCGCGCUGCAGAUGACCAACACGUCAGACGCGAACACCACGUCUGGGCCGAACGACACGUUCAUCAACCAGGUGGUGCUGAAGACCUGGUACCCGAGUGGCUACUCCCCCGCCCACAUCAUCAUCGCGUCCGUGGUGGUGACGGUGCUGAUGAUAAUGGUCGUGGUGGGCAACAUGCUGGUGAUCAUAGCGAUCGUGACGGAGAAAGCGCUGAAGAACAUACAGAACUGGUUCAUAGCGUCGCUGGCAGUGUCGGACUUCUUCCUCGGUUUGGUGAUAAUGCCCUUCUCGCUGGCAAACGAGCUGAUGGGCUACUGGAUUUUCGGUUUCUGGUGGUGCGAAAUACACUCCGCGAUGGACGUUCUAUUGUGUACGGCGUCUAUUAUGAACUUGUGCCUCAUCUCACUGGACCGCUACUGGAGUAUAACUCAGGUGAGUGUUGACUUAAAAAUAUUUGUAGUU